AUGGCUGCCCUUGCGGUGCCGCCUCCGAUGGGAUCGGCGCUGGAUGCUCUAGCUUCACAGCCGUUGGUGAGCCGUCGCCCACAAGCUCCGGCCUUGCCCAGCUUCGAACUACCGCCGCCACCAUUUAGUGCGGCCCCCAAGUUCUCCGCGCAUGCUGGACACCCGCCCAUGUCCCACCCGCCUCCGAAUGUGAGCGUGGGCAACCUGUUGACUCCCCCGGCCACAAAUCAAUCCGGAGAGACCGCCACGGUAUCACAAACCUUGGCACCGUCGACAGGUGUCUCGUCGGAUUUACCUCCCGCGUAUUGGCCCCAGUCUUCGCCCUAUGGUGCCGCCCCAUCUCAGUGGGCCCCCGGUGUCAAUCCCUACUCUGCGCGCAACUCCUUCUCUCCAUCUGGCAUGGUAGGACGUUCUGGACCGGCGACAUCGCCUCCAACGACCGACGGACUAUCCCAAUCCUACGAGGCGCCGCCUUUGGCCUCAUUCCAUCAUUCUCUGCCCGCGCCACCUUCUAGUCUCCCUCCGAACGCUCAACCGGUAUCUAUGUCCCUCUAUGCAUCUGGUCACGCUACAUCGCCCGCUCCUAUUCCAUCGAACGACCCCUACACUCCCAAAGGCCACUCUCUAUACGGCGCGACUUCUCACCAGGCCAGCUACUCCCACAUGUAUGGCGGCCCGUCCCCAAUCGGUCAUGCUGGGCUGGGUAUCCACCCUGGACGUAUACCCGCCCAAAGCCCCGGUGCACAGCAUCACUUGGCAUAUCCGCGCCAACCAUGGCCCUCGUACUCCUUACCCGCCAUGAAUGGUCCCGUUAUGACGAAUGUGCACAGCCCGAAUAGCCCCAUGUCGGUCAUGGGCGGCAUGCAGCCCGGAGGGCUGCUACCGGGUUUCAACAGCGGGCAUAUUGCCAACACUCAGCAUAUGUAUGGUGCUCACCCGCCCCCGCACGGUCUGGCUGCGCCAGCGGCCGAUCGUCCCUUCAAAUGCGACCAGUGUCCACAGAGCUUCAACCGCAAUCACGAUCUCAAACGUCACAAGCGCAUUCAUUUGGCUGUGAAGCCAUUCCCUUGUGCGCAUUGCGACAAGAGCUUCUCGCGCAAAGAUGCCUUGAAGCGACACAUUCUGGUCAAGGGCUGCGGUAAAGAUGGUGAUCUGGAUGGCAACCAGGUGGGUGCUGAUGGAUCCGUCAAACACGAAGGGCGCAGCGAGGACGGCAGUCCCGUCAUCAACGGGCGCACCUAG